UACAGCAGUGCAUGCAUGCUAUUCUCAGUACUGUAUCUGCAUUGUUUGCCAGAACUGCUCGUUGUUGUCUUCGAUGAAUAUAGUCGCCAUGCCUGGGCACAGUCGAAGGGGAAGCUGCUACUCGGACACCAAUAGUAGCAGAGGACGUAGCCCUGAUCGUCGUGGUCCGCAUGUCCAUCGACAUCAUAAGGAGACAAUUCCAAAUCGACGACGUGGUCAUACGAGAAGUCGAUCUCGAAGUCGCCAGCGCUCUCCGCUGACCCGCAGAGAGCGCGGUGGCCGACGGAUAUCUUGGAGUCACAGUCGCUCACAUCGUAGACACGCACCACGCCACGUUCACCAUCGUGACAGGAGCUCCCGCAGCAGAGACAGGCGGCGGCGGCCUGAACGACGUCGUCAUCGUUCUUCCACUGCAUCUCGCUCUCCUGCAAGACGAGAUCGCAAUGGUCACCAUGGUCCGGAGAAACACCGGCACCAGAGAAGCCCAGAGUCAUCCGGUCACUCAUCGGCAUGCGCGUCAGGAUCGGGCACAAGUGGCCGAAGUAACAGCGACGACAGGUCCAGAUCUCCCACCCCGCUCCGGCAAGAAGUCGCUGCACCGGGACGCUCUCCCAUGCAGGACUCUGACGGACAUCUCAUUUACAAAUCGGGCGAUUGCGUUGGACGAUAUGAGAUUGGCUCUACUCUCGGCGAGGGGACGUUUGGCAAAGUUGUGUCUUGCAUCGACCAUGACGGGCAACGACAGGUGGCUGUCAAGGUGAUCAAGAGGGUGGACCGCUAUCGGGCUGCAGCGAAAAUAGAAGUCGAAAUCCUAAAAGACAUUUCGGAACGGGACCGGGAUGGGAAAGCGAACUGCAUUCACUUACUGGAUUCGUUUGAAUUUCAUGGACACGUUUGCUUAGCGUUUGAACGGCUCGGUGAUAGUCUCUAUGAUGUUCUGGAUAAGAACAGGCACUAUGGCUACCCUAUGCAACAGAUUCGACACAUAUCGUACCAAGUCGCUGCUGGUCUAAAGUUCCUGCAUCGAAUAGGUCUCACACACACGGACUUGAAACCUGAAAACAUACUCUUCAUCAACUCGGAUGCCGACCAGCAGUACAACUUACAUGUGAAAAAGACGAUAAAUAUAGUCCGUGAUGCGCGGAUCAAACUCAUCGACUUUGGUUCAGCCACGUACGAUGAGGAUCACCACGGGCACAUUGUCGCGACUCGCCACUAUCGUCCAAUUGAAAUUAUUCUUGAGCUGGGCUGGUCUCACUCAUUGGAUCUGUGGAGUCUUGGUUGUAUCAUGUACGAGUUGUACACGGGCCAGACACUGUUCCAGACGCACAGCAAUCGAGAACACAUGGCCAUGAUGGAAGAGUACAUUGACCGAAUACCCACUCCAAUGGUUAAGAAAAGCCCUGCCCGUCAUAGAUAUUUUCAUUCCGACUACACUUUGGACUGGGAUCGGCGUGGCCGUGCUCACCGCUUCAUUCGAGAACAUAGCCGAUCUCUGAAGUCAUUCAAGUGUUCCGAUGACAGUGACCCGGAUGUUGAGGACCUAUUCGACCUCAUAAUCAAGCUUCUGGUGUACGAGCCGAAGCAGCGCUACACUGCAUCGCAAUCCCUGCGUCACCGCUUCUUCGACAUGUACAAGUAGACAUGUGCAGCCUCCUGCCUGGCCUGCUCCAUUGAGCAGCCAGUCACGUGACACUGAAACAUCCCUUGACUUCAGCUUGCAUGAUUAUUUCUUUUAAAAAACUUGCAUGCCCUUGAAACUUCAUCAGAAAUCCUUUGGACACGAAAACACUGUCGGCCAUAAUCUAUGCAACUGCAUCACGGAACCACAUCUCAUAAAAUUAUCACACUGCUGAUGUUACCCAUGCUCCUGCUCCACUGCUGCAUAGUUAGAAUGCUGAAUGUAGCUGGUCUAGAUUAUUAAUUAUCAGAGAUUUUAUAACCGUAAAGUGUAGUCAUUCCUACGGAAUCUAGCCGGGUGUGUCGUAUCGUCUUGGCUUUUGUAUUUCGACUUUUUUCUUCGCUCGUUUUGUUGAGCAUCCUGUGUACGUCGUACCAGGUGUCAUCAGCCAAUGUUCUCCCCGUGUAUGCCAUGGCCAUCACACAGUCUGUAGAUUGGCCAAUUUUCAUGGUUGACUUUAUCUUACACUCUCUUUAUCGGUCUACAGUAUUUAAGAUACAGUAGUACCAAUGUUUCUAUGCAACAACACCAUGUGGGCCAUGCCACACAAAGAA